CCACGUUUCAUUUUGUGGUAAUUUUAUCUAUUUAUGAAGAUAACUCAAACCUUUUCUGGUUUGACACAGGCGUAUCAAAUACUGAGGACAUUCAGGCACAUGUAAAAAAAGCCAUAGAAGGAAAAUAUCCCUUAUACAAUCUUGGUUUUGGCUAUGGUGUUGACUACAGCUUCUUGGAGAAGAUGGCGCUGGAGAAUAAAGGAUUGGCCCGUCGGAUUUAUCCUGACUCUGAUGCAGCUUUACAGCUUCAGGGGUUUUAUGAUGAGGUGUCAAAUCCCAUGCUCACGGAUGUGGAAUUAAAUUACCCAGAAAAUGAAAUAUCAGACCUAACUAAAAACAGUUUUAAGCAUUUCUAUGAUGGGUCGGAGAUUGUGGUGGCUGGGCGCUUUAUAGACUACAACCAGAACAGUUUGACUGUAGAUGUGAGAGGUGAAGGUGCAAACGAUGCCCUGUCAUAUACUACAAAACAAGAUGCUGAGCAAACAGCUAAAGCUUUCCAAGAACAAGAAUACAUAUUUGGAGAGUACAUUGAAAGGCUCUGGGCUUAUCUCACCAUUGAACAACUCCUGGAAAAACGUAUUGCAGCUACUGGAGAAGAAAAGGAGAAUCUUACAGCCGAGGCCCUGGAUCUCUCACUAAAAUACAAGUUUGUAACACCACUGACAUCCAUGGUGGUAACAAAGCCAGAAGAAAAUGACAAUCAAGAUGGAAUUGCUGAUAAACCCAUUGAAGCUGAAGCACAGGCUGGCACAGCUGUUAUGCCGGCUCCACAAGUCUCUUACCUAUAUAACGCACACCCCACAUGGUACACUAGCGUUGAUGGAGAUCCACACUUCAUUAUAUCGGUGCCACAGAAAGAUGAUGCCAUUUGUUUCAAUAUCAAUGAAAACCCAGGUGCUGUGUUGAAUUUAAUUAAAGACCCAGUUACAGGCAUCACAAUCAAUGGAGAACUCAUUGGUGAUAAGAUUGUAAAUAACGAUGCAAAGAUCCAAAAUACAUAUUUUGGAAAACUUGGCAUUGCAAAUAAGCACCUGGAUUUAAAACUGACAGUAACUCCUGAGAAGAUCACACUUCAGAAUGGCAACGAACAAACAGGUUUUACCUGGCUGGACUCAGUCACCUUGCAACAAGAAGGUUUAACUUUGAUAAUUAAUAGGAAAAAGAACCUAGUGCUCAAAAUGGGCAGCGGUGCCUCAUUUGUUAUUGUUUUGCAUCAAGUAUGGAAGAAACAUCCUCUCCACCAAGAUUUCCUAGGACUGUAUACAUUGGAAAGUGAUAAACUGUCUGAACAGACCCAUGGAUUAUUAG